AACCCACUAACACAAACUACACAACACAAAUGAUUUGGUUUUUCUCACAUUGUUCCUCCCUAGGCUCAUCCCCUUCCUUCCCCUGCCUUUCAUUGGAAUUUGCAACUUAUUAACAUUUUUGUAAUGACUCUCUUUCAAUUUCAAUUUCAAUCUCAAUUCACCCUUUUUCUACUCUUUCUUUUCAUCUCUUCUUGUUUCUCCCUCAACCCACAAGGUCAAGCUCUUCUUUCAUGGAGGAAAACAUUAAAAGGACCAAAUUUAGAGGUCCUUAACACAUGGGACUCAACCAAUGAGAACCCAUGUAGUUGGUUUGGUAUCACUUGUGAUGCUAACAAGAAUGUUGUUGAGUUCAGUUUAACUUCUCUUGACUUACUUGGAUCCUUUCCUAAUGACUUCACCAACCUGUUAACACUCAAAAAGCUUGUGUUAUCCGGCACCAAUCUCACCGGGUCCAUCCCGAAAUCAAUCGGGUCGUUACAGGAUCUGAAUUACUUGGAUUUGAGUGACAAUGGGUUAACCGGUGAAAUCCCGAAUGAACUGUGUACGCUAGAGAAGCUAGUGGAGCUUUACAUCAACACGAACAAGCUCGAAGGUUCGAUCCCUGUCGAAAUUGGGAACCUUAUGAAUCUUGUCGUGUUGACAUGUUACGAUAAUCAGCUCAGCGGAACCAUCCCGAACUCCAUCGGGGAGUUGAAAAACCUUCAAGUGAUCCGAGCAGGUGGAAACAAAAACAUUGAAGGCCCAUUGCCAAAACAAAUUGGUAACUGCACUAGUUUAGUAAUGUUGGGGAUUGCUGAAACAAGUAUAUCAGGUUCUAUACCUUCAACAAUUGGCAAUCUUAAAAACCUUCAAACUCUAGCAAUCUACACCUCCUUAUUAUCCGGUCCUAUCCCUAUCGAGAUUGGUGACUGCACCGAGUUAGAGAACAUUUACUUAUACGAGAAUUCACUCUCUGGUUCGGUCCCUAGCUCGUUAGGGAAGUUGAAAAACUUGAAGAAUCUAUUGCUGUGGCAGAACAGUUUGGUUGGAGUGAUUCCACCCGAACUUGGAAACUGUCUGCAGCUAGUUUUAAUCGACAUUUCCAUGAAUUCGUUAACCGGAGUCAUUCCAGUGACAUUCGGCAAACUGGGAUCGUUACAGGAACUUCAGCUGAGUAUGAACCGGAUCUCUGGUUCUAUCCCGACUCAAAUCGGGAACUGCAAGAGUCUAACUCACAUCGAACUCGACAACAAUGAAAUCACUGGUACUAUUCCAUCCGAAAUCGGUAACUUCGAAAACCUUACUCUGUUGUUCUUGUGGCAGAAUCAUUUAGAAGGCUCGAUACCUAGCUCCAUAUCGAACUGUCGAAAUCUAGAAGCAAUUGAUUUGUCACAGAAUUCGCUAACAGGACCGAUCCCGAAAGGUUUGUUUAAUCUGAAGAAUCUUAACAAGUUAUUGUUGUUAGGAAAUGAGUUGUCAAACCAAAUACCUCCAGAGAUUGGAAACUGUUCGUCAUUGAUCCGAUUUCGAGCAAAUGAUAACCACCUGAUUGGAUCCAUUCCGCGUGAGAUUGGUAAGUUGACGAAUUUAAACUUCCUUGAUCUUGGAUCAAACCGGUUGACCGGGAUCAUACCACCGGAGAUAUCCGGUUGCCAGAACUUAACCUUUCUAGACUUACAUUCUAAUUCGAUAACCGGAACCUUACCGGCGAGUUUGGAUAAGAUUGUAUCUCUCCAGCUUCUUGACAUCUCAGAGAAUGAAAUCGAAGGUACAUUGAGUCCUACACUCGGAUCACUUGUUUCGUUAAACAAACUUGUGCUUCGUAAGAACCGGUUUUCCGGUUCGAUUCCGUUGGAAAUCGGAUCGUGUGUGAAUUUACAAUUACUCGAUCUCAGCAGCAACGGUUUCUCCGGUGAGAUUCCGGCGAGUUUAGGUAAGCUUCCAGCGUUAGAGAUUGCUCUGAAUCUCAGCUGUAACAAACUUUCCGGGAAGAUACCACCGGAGUUUGCUGCUUUGGAUAAACUCGGAGUUUUGGAUAUUUCUUACAAUCUACUCUCCGGAGAUUUACAAAAUCUCGUGGACCUUGAAAAUCUUGUGACACUUAACAUCUCGCAUAACGAUUUCAAAGGUUACGUGCCAAACACGCCAUUCUUCUCUAAACUGCCACUCAGUGUCUUAUCGGGCAAUCCUUCGUUGUGUUUGCCGGGAAACAAGUGUACCUCCGGUGGUGCUUCGAGGCGGAGUAAGGGUGCUCGGGUGGCGAUGGCGGUGCUGAUAGGGGUCGCGUGUGUUUUGUUGUUGUCGGCGUUUUACAUCAUAUUUGCCGGAAAGAUGCGGGCUCGUGAUCGGGGUAUCGAUGAUGCUGACGUGGAAAUGGGGCCACCGUGGGAGAUCACUUUGUACCAGAAACUUGACUUGUCAAUUGCUGACAUGGCAAAAUACCUAACACCUGAUAAUGUGGUGGGCCGAGGUCGAUCUGGCGUUGUGUACCGGGCAAAUGUUCCUUCGGGGUUUCCCAUCGCGGUGAAAAGGUUCCAGCAGUCGGAGAAUUACUCUGCCGCCGCGUUUUCCUCGGAAAUCGCGACUCUUGCACGCAUCCGCCACAGGAAUAUUGUCCGCUUGUUGGGUUGGGCUGCCAAUGGGAAGAACAAACUGUUGCUUUAUGACUUUUUGCCUAACGGUACACUAGGCACCUUGUUACAUGAAGGUAACGUGGAGGUGGUCGAGUGGGAAACAAGAUUUAAGAUCGCUUUGGGGGUGGCAGAAGGCUUAGCGUAUUUACACCACGAUUGCGUGCCGCCAAUCCUCCACCGCGAUGUGAAGGUGGAGAAUAUUUUGUUGGGUGAUCGUAAUGAUGCUUGUCUUGCGGAUUUUGGGCUUGCAAGAUACCUGGAAGACGAUAACGCCUCGUUUUCGGUGAAGCCUCAGUUUGCCGGCUCAUACGGUUACAUGGCGCCAGAAUACGCCAACAUGUUGAAAAUUACUGAAAAGAGCGAUGUUUUUAGCUACGGUGUGGUGUUAUUAGAGAUUAUCACAGGGAAAAAACCGGUGGACGAGUCUUUUUCUGAGGGCCAACAUGUCAUCCAAUGGGUUCGCGAUCAUCUCAAAAGCAAGAAAGACCCGGUACACAUUAUAGACAGAAAGCUACAUGGCAAUCCGGACUCACAAAUACAAGAAAUGUUACAAGCUCUAGGAAUAGCCCUCUUGUGCACUAGUAAUCGGCCCGAAGACCGGCCCACGAUGAAAGAUGUUGUGGCAUUAUUAAGAGAAAUUAGACACGAGUCUACAACAACUAAUGAAUCUCACAAAGAGACCAACAAUCAACAAAAAGAUUCAAACACUUCGGGUCUGUAUUCGUCGUCAUCAGUGACCCCGGCUCAGUUGCUAGUACAAGGUUCAUCAAAUAGCUCCCUUGCUUACUCAUCAUAAUCCCAAUUCCUGGAGCAAUAGAUUCAUAGAUUUAGUUCAUAUAUUAGCAUUGUAAAAAGGGGCCUACUUUUUUAUUAUUUAUUUUUCUUUUUUUUUUGUAACUUUUUAGAUAUUAAAUAUAGAAAACAAGAUUUAAUCAUUA